GCCGAGCAAGAUUGAGAUGUGCAAUAGUGUUACAUCAGAGGUUAAGCCACACAGCUUUUGAAACUUUAAUGUUUAUUUAACCUUAAAGGUUCCCAUGAGAGCAGAAGUGUGUGUCGCAGGAUCUGUAUUUUAAGUGUAUUUAAACAAGCAGAGUAAAUCAGACACGAGGGACAUUCAUCUGAGCAUCACAGUCAUGGAUGCAGAGACUAUUGAAAUUGCAGCCCUUGGACGACCCCUGCAGCCUGGCAUGCUGUAUGACUGUCGCAGAGACACCUUUAUCCCAGGAGUCUCACUGUGGGAUCAAGAAUCCAUCAGAAAAGAUGUGGAUGUGAAACCACAGCCCCUCACGCAUGUUUAUGUUAGCACACGUGACUCUCUCAGUGAGAAGACCCAGCUGAUGGAGAUCAGUGCCUCGCUGACAGCAAGCUUCAUAGCAGGGCUUGUGACGGUGGAGAGGUCGGGCAGCUACCUGAAUGACACAUUGUCCUCCAUGCGACAGUGCAGGGCCACAAUACACUAUAAAAAAAUUAUCGAGUUCAAGCAACUGACUAUGACCCAAUUGGGCAAUGUGAUAUACCCCGAAGUGUUUGAGCAGAAGAGUGCCACCCAUGUGGUGACAGGAGUACUGUAUGGGGGUGAGGUCUUCAUGGUCUUCGACCAGAUGGCGUCAAAUGAGGAGGACAAGCAAGUUAUUCAGGGGAACCUGGAUUCGUCCACCAAUAAGAUCCCUAAAGUUGAUGUCAGCAGUUCGGGAAAAGUGAAGCUGACAGACACGGAGAUGAAGAAGGUGCAGAAGUUCAGCUGCACGUUCCACAGCAAUUUAGCGCUGGAGAACAACCCCACCACUUAUGAGGAGGCCGUGCAGUUGUACAAAAACCUCCCGGAGCUGAUGGGGGAUGGGAGUAAAGCGGUGCCUGUGAAGGUCUGGCUCUAUCCUCUGAUGAACCUGGACCCACAUGCAGCCCAGCUGGUCACCAAGAUCAGUGUGGAUCUGGUGACACUUUUGGAAGUCCAGAUGGGCCAGUUGCACGAGGCCCAAAUGAGAGCCGACGACACCACACAACGAUGUGAGGCCAUUAAGGUCACCGAUUUAAAAGAGAAGCUGGUCAAAUUCAAAAACAUAUUGGCCACUUACAAAGACACCCUCCAGAAUAAUCUAAAAAAGCUUCUGCCAGCUAUCCGGGAUGGGACAGAGGGGAAAGAGAAACUGGAGGCCAUGCUGAAAUUCAUCAAUGAGUCAUCGUUCACUCCUGACAAGAUGAGAAAAUGGCUUGAUGAUAAAGAGUCUGAAGUAGGGGUGCUGGAAAACUACAUCAAUCUUCUGAAGCAUUGUGACAUUGUGACACCUGGACCUGAGCUGAUCUCAGUUCUUGGUGAUCCAGCCAUUGACCGUAUCUGCAUCUUCAACUUCACCUCUCUGAAGGAGGAGGAGCCGUACCUCUCAAACCUGUUUGAGUGCCUGGCUUGUGAAGAGUUCAGGAAAAUGGAAAAUAUCUCUGUAGCUCAGGGCCGCAGCUUCAAAGAGGAGGCCCAGCCUUGGUUCAAUGACCGACAGAUCUCUGCGGAGAUGAGACGUACACUGGCACGUUUUCAGUUCAAAGUGAAAAUGUUAAAAUUUCUCAAACAUUUAAAAUCUAAAUUCAUCAUAAGCUACACUUCAGACCCCUCACGCCAAGGAGCUGUUUUUCGUACAUUUAAACAAGGGAAACUGCAAGACGAGACAGAUUUCCCCUACGGGAACAUUGAAAGUGAAGACAGAAAGCAGGUAUAAAUGGAUUUGCAUCUCUUUGCUCUCUCUCUCUCUCUCUCUCUCUCUCUCUCUCUCUCUCUCUCUCUCACAUUGACUCACCAAGCACUUUAUUAGGAACAAUAUUACUUUAUUACACCUACAUAUUCAUGUGAUUAUCACUAGUCUAGAGUUUGCAAAGAAUAGUGCAAAAAACAAAAAUAAAUCUUAUUAAUGAGAUCAUCCAGUGAGUGGCUGAUCUGUGAGCAGAAACGCAUUGUUAAGAAGAGAGGUCAGAGUGGAAGGGCCAGACUGGUCAAAGCUAACAGGAAGGUGACAGUAACGCAAAUAACCACACAUUACAACAGUGGUAGGCAGAAGAGCAUCUCUAUUUUCUCUAACAUAAAAAAAUGCCUUUUGUAGUAUAAUAAUCAGUUUUUCUUUUUCUUAAUCAGACCUUGAUAAUUAGAUAUUUCUCUUAACAUUUUAAUGUUUUGGAUUUUGUGGUUUGAUUUAUUGUAUAAUAAUCAUAAUAA